CGUGUAGCUGAGAUCAGAGACGUCGUUGUGACUUGCGCCUGCGCGAGAGACAUAUAGAGAGAGAGAGAGAAAAAGAGAAGAAGAAGCAGAAGGCUUCAUUAGAGUCUCUCACCAACAGGAAAUCCAGUCUUUCACAAAGCAGGUAAUAGAAGAUGGCAGACAACGAGGAUAUUCAGCCCCUUGUUUGCGACAAUGGAACAGGAAUGGUCAAGGCUGGGUUUGCUGGAGAUGAUGCCCCAAGGGCCGUGUUCCCUAGCAUUGUAGGACGCCCUCGCCACACUGGUGUGAUGGUUGGUAUGGGCCAGAAGGAUGCCUAUGUUGGGGAUGAGGCUCAGUCCAAGCGUGGUAUUUUAACUUUGAAAUACCCGAUUGAGCACGGCAUUGUGAACAAUUGGGAUGACAUGGAGAAGAUCUGGCAUCACACCUUCUACAAUGAGCUCCGUGUGGCCCCUGAAGAGCACCCAGUUCUCCUCACUGAAGCACCCCUCAACCCCAAGGCUAACCGUGAGAAGAUGACCCAAAUCAUGUUUGAGACCUUCAACACUCCUGCAAUGUAUGUUGCUAUUCAGGCCGUUCUUUCCCUUUAUGCCAGUGGUCGUACAACUGGUAUUGUCCUGGACUCUGGGGAUGGUGUCAGUCACACUGUUCCCAUAUACGAAGGGUAUGCUCUCCCACAUGCCAUCCUGCGUCUUGACCUUGCAGGGCGUGAUCUCACAGAUGCCCUGAUGAAGAUCCUGACCGAGCGUGGCUACUCUUUCACCACCACUGCUGAGCGGGAAAUUGUGAGGGACAUGAAGGAGAAGCUUGCUUACAUUGCUCUUGAUUAUGAGCAGGAACUAGAGACAGCCAAGACCAGCUCAUCUGUGGAGAAGAGCUAUGAACUGCCUGAUGGGCAAGUGAUCACCAUCGGCGCUGAACGAUUCCGAUGCCCAGAAGUUCUGUUCCAGCCAUCCAUGAUAGGAAUGGAAGCUGCUGGCAUUCACGAGACUACAUACAACUCCAUCAUGAAGUGCGAUGUGGACAUCAGGAAGGAUUUGUAUGGCAACAUCGUCCUCAGUGGUGGCUCAACCAUGUUCCCAGGCAUUGCUGACAGGAUGAGCAAGGAAAUAACAGCACUAGCACCCAGCAGCAUGAAGAUCAAGGUGGUGGCUCCUCCUGAGAGGAAGUACAGUGUGUGGAUUGGGGGAUCCAUCUUGGCUUCUCUUAGCACUUUCCAACAGAUGUGGAUUGCAAAGGCGGAGUAUGACGAGUCUGGGCCAUCGAUUGUGCACAGGAAAUGCUUCUGAUCAUGCACGAGCGAGGGGGAGAUGCUUCCCAACGUGCAUGCCUGGAAAUGCCUUCUUUGUUUUUCUCUUCUUUUUAUUCCAUUUCUUGUUUCUUUCUCUCGAUUCAAUGUUGGGACAGUGAUCUUGAAGGGGUUUGAAAUCCAAUUUUUUUCCUUCUUCCAUUAUUAUUCUUAUUAGAAGUUGUGCAUUAAUAUUGCCUUGAUCUGGUUGAAGCGGAGGUCGGCUUUACUUUUUAGGUGUUUUGAUUAAUUAAGACCAAUAAAUACAAUAUAUCUUCCAUUUGUGAUCAAGGAUUUUUGUCCCAUUUUUUCUUUA